AUGGGCGAUCUUCCGAUAGUGGAACAGUGUGGGUUGUUCCCCUUUCACCCUGAGAGUGCGGAAAGCUUUGUCGAUAUUAUUGCGGUUCACGGACUUGAUGGUCAUUACAAAGACUCCUGGACUUGGACACCAUCAAAACCUAAUAGUGGCACGCCGUGCAAUUGGCUCAAAGAUUUAUUGCCCGCUGAUAUUCCCAAGGCGAGGAUUUUGUCAUUCGGAUACAACUCUGCGGUAACAAUUGGCAAUAUCAGCACCUUCGGGGAGCAGCUUCUUCAGCGUGCAAUUAUGUAUGCCAAUGAGCGACGAGAUAAACGGGCUUCUUGUGCAGAGUUUCUCGACAGCGUAAUAGGCAUCCUCUUCAUGGGGACACCACACAGAGGAUCAGAAGUCGCUUCAUUAGGCUCGAUUUGUGCAGAAAUGCUGCAGGCUGUAUCCUUGGGCAAAAGAACCAAUACCACUCUUCUCAAACAGUUGAGAGAAGGAUCUCAGGUGCUCCAAGAAAUUUCAAACGCUUUUGCUUUUCUCGGGGCAGAUAUCCAUAUUUACACACUAAUUGAGAGCGACAGUAUGAACUACUUACGGGACGUAAUUGUCACCCAAGGUUCAGCAAGACUCAACAUCUCCAACGAGGAUGUUUUUAUUCUUGAUGGAAAUCAUUCAACCAUGUGCAAAUUUCCCGGCAGAACUGAGAAUUACAGGACUGUCUUAGGGAUUAUUCGAGAACUACUUGAAGAGAUAGUUGUUGGGAUUUACCGCCUCUCCAUUACUGACGAAGAGACCCUAACAGUUGUGAAUGACCACGGAGAUGUGAAACUAAGACCUAGAAAUGACGAAGACGCGCAGAAAUGGAGGGUCGAAAGAGACGAAGAGGGAUGUUUUAGUUUUCGGAACUUGCAUAACGGGGGAUUGCUGGGGGUCAAUGGGGGUGGCUGGGUUGGAGCUGAGCGCACUGACUACAAUAUCGCCUAG